UUCGGAAGGUUGGAUCAGAUUCCAGUAAGAUCAUGGCAGAGUACAGCCACACACAAAACCAGAUGGAUUUACAAAAUGCUAGUUUGGGAAAGGCUUCUGUGGUGAAUUCACUUGAAAAUGGUCUCCAGGAUAUUAUGGAAAACCUCAACCCAAAGAAAUACUCCUCAAGUCUCAAAUUUAAAACAAAUGGGGACUAUGCUGGUUCUUAUUUAACCCUCUCACAACCUGUGCCCGCUAAACCCAGUCCUUCCUCCAGUGUUAAAAAUACCCACUCGAUUACCAAAAUUCAAGGAGGUAAGCUGUUCCCGUGUGAGAGCCCAUAUCUUUUGGAUAAGAGUAUCUCUGCGAAGCAUUUGAAUUCCAUAUCUGGCACUUCUCCGUCCUUUGGCGGGUACGGUUUGGGAAGGACAGACUUUGAUAUCCACGCCAACCGAGAAAAUGAAAAAUCCCACGGACACGCGGACAAGUUUCACUACUCAAAGUACAGUCAAAAAAACAAGUCGUACGACAACGUCUACUUCCCAGGAAUGCUGGACACGAAGAAGAUCUCCGGCUCGCUUCUCACCAUGUGGAAUGGAAGCUCGGGGAGUGAACUGAUGCUUUCCCCCGCGAGCAAUUCGGGGGCAGCCAGCAUGCCUUCGAGCCCAAAGCAAGGCAGGAGGGUGAACGUUCAAGACAGCCUGGCUCUUCACGCGAGGCCAGCUAAGCACAGGGAUGUGGUGACAGAGCCUCUGAGUUCACGACCUAGGAAAUACUCCGGCGGAUCUCUAAGUCAUAUGGGAAUGUACAGUCGUUCCCUGCCCAGACUUUAUAAAGCAACAGAAAACCAGUUGGUGCCAUUGAGUUUGCCCCCAAGAAACUCUCUGGGUAAUACUAAAAGGAAAAAACUUGGAGAAAAAGAUCUACCUCAGAAUGCUUUAGAUGCUGAUAAUUACCUGAAUUUUUCUUCUUGCAGCUCAGGAGUUUUGCCACAUGCAAAUUCUGUGUCGGAGAAUAAUCCCUAUGUUAGUUCCACUCUUAGUGUUCCUCCGAGCCCUCGAAUUGCUAAAAAAAUGCUCUUAGCUUCUUCUUCCUCCUUUCUUUCUGAUGAUUUUGAUAGAUUUGGGCUCUCAGGAACAAGUCCCAGUAAUUCUUUCUCCCCUGUGGAUUUUGACAGAUCAUUCUCUGUCAGAAGAAACCUUUCCACUAGUUCCAUAGAAUUUGAUGAAAUGGAUUUGGAAAGCUUCAGACAGACACCAAACUCACUGCAAACUUCUGUAAGAGAACGGAAGAACAGCAUUAGUUCCAUUUCUGGAAGAGAGGACCUCAUGGAUUAUCACAGGAGACAGAGGGAAGAGAGGCUUAGGGAGCAAGAGAUGGAACGUCUGGAGCGUCAGCGGUUGGAGACAAUCCUCAACUUGUGUGCAGAAUACUCCAAACCUGACAGUGACCCUGCUACGUCUACAACGGUUGCCGAUGUUCAAAAAAUUAACAAAGAACUUGAAAAGCUUCAGCUAUCAGAUGAAGAUUCAGUGUUUGAAGAUUCACAAAUGAAUCUUGAAACACGGUUCAGAAACCACUUGAAAUCAUCUGCGAGUGAUUCAGAUUUUUCGGAGCUGAGCAAUCACAGUCGCAGUGCUGGUGCUUUCCUUUCCUCCAGAGGGUUGAAAGGUGACGAACACUUCAAUGACACCAUGAAGACUCCACCUCUAGCUGCUUCUGCCUUCCUGAAGGAUUCCACGGAAUCUUCCUACUUAAGUAUCACACCAAAGGUACCAGAAUGCCUCAGUGAUGAGCAGAGAGGGCAGGAGCUCGGUCGACUGGAGGAGGAGCGCAUAGCGAUACUGAAUAAUUUGGAGGAACUUGAACAGAAGAUCAAAGAUUUAAAUGACCAGAUGGAUGAGUCCUCAAGAGAGUUGGAUAUGGAAUGUGCCCUUUUGGAUGGGGAACAGAAAUCUGAAACAACAGAGCUUCUGAAAGAGAAGGAAAUUUUGGAUCAUCUAAACAGGAAAAUAGCUGAGCUGGAGAGAAAUGUUAUUGGUGAAAAGACAAAGGAAAAAUUAAAACUUGAUGCUGAGAGGGAAAAACUAGAGAGGCUUCAGGAGCUUUACUCCGAGCAGAAGACGCAGCUUGAUAAUUGCCCCGAGUCCAUGAGGGAACAAUUACAGCAGCAGCUGAAGAGGGAUGCUGAUCUGUUGGACAUAGAAAGCAAACAUUUUGAAGAUUUGGAAUUUCAGCAGCUUGAACACGAGAGCAGGUUAGAUGAAGAAAAAGAAAAUCUGACGCAACAGCUCCUGCGUGAAGUAGCUGAAUAUCAGCGUAGCAUUGUCAGUAGAAAGGAAAAGAUUUCUGCUCUCAAAAAGCAAGCCACUCAUAUUGUUCAACAAGCACAAAGAGAACAAGAUCAUUUUGUAAAAGAGAAAAAUAACUUAAUAAUGAUGCUGCAAAGGGAAAAAGAGAAUCUCUGUAAUCUGGAAAAGAAAUAUUCUGCACUUUCCGGAGGAAAGGGAUUUCCUGUCAGCCCCAAUAGUCUAAAAGAGGGUUUUAUCAGUGUAAGUGAAAUUAGUGAGCUGUAUGGCAAUUCCACGAGUAUAUCCCCUUCCUCCCAGACCCCCACAGAUGCUGAAGCAGUUGCCACUGAGCCCUCCACGGCUGUGCUGACGAGCCAGCCACAAAAUAAAGAGCUAAGAUCACCUCUCUGUUCUGGAUUUGUGUUUCCUCACUCUCUUUCUCCUCGCUCUAUUGCUCAACUUUCAUCAGUCCAUUGGCCUGAGGUCAUGGCUACUCAUGUAGAUCCUAUUCCUUUAUCUGAUACACCUCCUCCUCUGCCAGCUAAGAAACACCGCAGGCAACCACAGCAUUUCAGAAAUCUGGAAGAGCUUGAAGAGCGGAAGAAGCAGCACAGAGAAUGCAUGUACAUGAGUGAUACUUUACCUCGCAAGAAAACAACUCCAGCUGUAUCACCUCACUUCAAUAGUGCUACUCUUGGACGAAGUAUUGCAUCUAAAGGACAUUUACCACUAGGACAGAGCAACAGCUGUGGCAGCGUGCUUCCUCACUGCUUGGCAACGAUGACCAAAGAGUCGGAGUCAAGAAGGAUGCACAAAGGGUAUAACCAGCAGCGCGUGUGCGAGGAGCACCGCCAGAAACCUCCCGAGUUCUACAGCAGAACCGCGUCCGAAUCGAACGUGUAUCUCAACAGCUUCCACUACCCAGACCGUAGUUACAAGGACCAUGCCUUCGACACGCUCAGCUUAGACAGCUCUGACAGCAUGGAGACAAGCAUAUCGGCAUGCUCACCAGAUAACAUUUCCAGUGCAAGCACUUCAAAUGUUGCAAGAAUAGAAGAGAUGGAGAGACUCCUGAAACAAGCCCAUGCUGAAAAGACCAGGCUGCUUGAGACCAGGGAACGGGAGAUGGAAGCUAAAAAACGAGCUCUGGAAGAAGAGAAACGUCGCAGAGAGCAAUUGGAGAAAAGACUGGAAGAAGAAACUAGCCAGAGGCAAAAAUUAAUUGAAAAGGAAGUUAAGAUACGUGAGAAGCAAAGAGCACAGGCCCGUCCCUUGACUCGCUACUUGCCCAUUAGAAAGGAAGACUUUGAUCUGCGAAGUCACAUUGAAACAGCUGGUCACAACAUCGAGACCUGUUACCACAUCUCCCUCACAGAGAAGACCUGCCGAGGCUUUCUGAUUAAGAUGGGAGGGAAAAUUAAAACCUGGAAAAAACGGUGGUUUGUUUUUGACAGAAACAAGAGAACUUUUACUUAUUAUGCAGACAAACAUGAAACUAAAUUAAAAGGUGUAAUAUAUUUUCAAGCUAUUGAAGAAGUCUAUUACGAUCAUCUAAAGAACGCAUAUAAGAGUCCCAACCCACUACUCACUUUCAGUGUUAAGACCCAUGACCGGAUAUACUACAUGGUUGCUCCUACACCAGAAGCCAUGAGGAUAUGGAUGGAUGUUAUUGUUACUGGCGCAGAAGGCUACACUCACUUCAUGUUGUAAUCAAACGGGGCAAUAGGGCAGAUUGCAAUAACCUAACAUAUGAAGUUAGCCAUAUCUAGCAAAAUCCGAAAAGCCACAUGCGUUAUUGGUGAAUGCUCAGAAAUAUCCUCCUUAUGAUGUGCACCCAAAACCACAGAAUGAAAAGGUUUUAUAAAUGCACUGAAAAGGAGGACCUGUUACUUAUUUUAGUUGACCUGUAUAGGAGCAAAAGAGCUAACACUCUUCAGUCAUAGUGCUCUGAAAUGGAUAACGGGACAUUUUAAAUG